AUGAAGUAUCCUCUUCUGUUAUUGGCCAGCCUGAGCUUGGCCCACGGCCUGGCCUUGUAUGCCACCACGUAUCCGUUUGUGUACUCCGCCGAGGGAUCUGCCGUGUUCACGCCCACCCAGCGGCAGUAUAUCACCCAGGAUCAGUUGGGUCAGUAUUCCUACGGUUAUGCAGAGCCCCUGUCCAGCAAGCAGGAGACCCGUACCCUGGAUGGCAUCACCCGAGGCAGCUACAGCUACAGGGAUCCAGCGGGUAAGCUCCAGACCGUUGACUAUGUGGCUGACAACGAGGGUUUCCAUGUGGCGGCCACCAAUCUGCCCAAGGCCAUAGUUCCCCUGGACUCUCUGGGAAUCUCUGGCAGAAGUUCUAGCCCAGGCAGUGUCCAUCCCGUGGAGCAUCCGGUGCAACAUCCUGUUGUCUCACAUCAAGUUCCGGUGCAACACCCAGUUGAAUCCCAUCAUCAUCCAACUGUUGUGGAGACUGGUCGCAGUGCUCAGCCCGAGGCACAUCAUCCCGCGGAGCAGUAUGGUUCACCCGCAGUUGGACAACAUGGUGGACAUGCUCCAUUGCCCCAUCCCGUUACCGACACCGUGGAAGUGGCUGCAGCCAAAUCUCUGCACUUGAAACGUGUCGAGGAUGAAACGGUGCGCAACCAAGUUCUGGCCAAGAUCCCAGUGGCUCGCAGUCAUGUGGUGGUUCCAGCAACCCCAGUUUAUGGGUACACCGUGCCCAGGUACUACUCUCCGCGGUUCUACUACUGA